UGUUCAUGUUUAACCUCAAAUCAUGUUUGGCCGCUGUUUGUGGAAAGUUUUCUGAAUAAGCCUUGGACUUUCUGAAUGUCAUUCUCCCACACACUCAUUGAACUUGUGACGGUGUUUGGCAAGGUUUUUGUCAGUUAGCCUACCUAGUAAAAGCUUACCUGUGGCAGCGCGCAUACUCUCUGCCUGGCCGGUUUCUGUUUGUGGAAGGAGGGAUCCCUACAGUCAGCGUACUAGAACUCUUCGAUACAAGGGAGCGAAAUCAUUUUGUGGAGAAGACCUAUCGUUAAAAAAGCCUCUUCACUCACCCCCUCUGAAGCCCCUUUCUCCUCCCUGUGUGGUGCUCUGCCCCAUGAUGAGUGCGCAGCCUCGGAGGAUCCGCCUAAAGCCCUGGCUGUUAGCCCAGGUGAACAGCGGGAGGUACCCUGGCCUGCAGUGGCUCAGCCCGGACCACCGGAUCUUCCAGAUCCCCUGGAGACACGCCACAAGACACCUGCCCACCUCUGAGGAAGAGAACACCAUCUUCAAGGCCUGGGCUCUGGAGACAGGGAAGUACCAGGAGGGUCUGGAUGAGCCUGACCCUGCCAAGUGGAAGGCCAACCUGCGCUGUGCCCUCAACAAGAGCCGGGAGUUCAAACUGAAAUACGACGGCACCAAGGAGACACCCGUCCAGCCCUACAAGAUCUACGAGGUCUGUGACCAGCCCUGCAACGGAGACACAGUUGAUGAAGAUGAUGAGGAGAUGCCGAAUAUUGUUGGUCUCUCCAUUGACCCCAGAAUUAGUGACCCACACAGUUUUCAGGCAUUCCCUACUGCACAUAGGAUAGACAUUCCCUUCAGCUCCCCUCUCAAUGACAUAUAUGGCACCCCCCACCACACCCCUAUGUACUCCAAUCCCAACGGGAGCAUUACCAUGGCAGCGCAUCUCCCUCAGCCAACCAUGGCUCCCCCGGAGUUUUCUGCCGACGUUCCAUUGGUGGUGAAGUUGGAACAUGGGGUCUUUGUGCACCCUGGACCCGUAGGACCCUCCAACAGCCUGGGGAUGGGUGGAGGGAGCAUGCAGCCUCCUGUGGUCACUGAGAUGUCCCCCAUGGUUCCUUCUGCUGCGUCUGUGGCUCUGGUUGCCCCUAACCCAGGUGCCGCCCCCAUGGAGGCCAUGUCAGGAGUCCAGAACCAGGAAGAAGGGCAGGCGGUGCCACCCUACAAAUAUGACCUGCUGAACAGCCUGCCAUUGACUGACCUAGACAUGAAGUUCCUGUACCGGGGUCGCAAGAUGGGCUCCCUGACGGUGAGUAACCACCAGGGCUGCCGGCUGUACUACGGCCACCUGGAGCCCACCCCGGAGCAGGUGGACCUGUUCGGCCCUGUCACCCUCAACCAAGUUCUCUUCCCUGGCUCGGCCGACAUCCAGAACGAGAAGCAGCGGUUCUACACAGAGCACCUGCUGGAUGUGAUGGACCGAGGCCUGAUCCUUGAGAUCUGGGAGCAGGAUAUAUACGCUAUCAGGUUGUGUCAGUGCAAGGUGUAUUGGUCUGGGCCGGGCAUUGACGAGCAGGGGCCACCCAACCCUAUGGAGAGGGAGAGGAAGUACAAAGUGUUCAGCCUCAAUAACUUCCUGCACGGGCUCAUCUUGUUCCAGAAGGGUGAAACUCCCACCCCACCACCGUUUGAGCUCUACUUCUGCUUCGGGGAGGACUGGCCAGACCAACGGAAACCCAAGGAGAAGAAGCUCAUCGUUGUGCAGGUGGUCCCAGUGGUGGCGCGGAUCCUAACAGAGAUGUUUUCUGGAGAUAUGUCCUGGUCCACAGACAGCAUCCGGCUGCAGAUCUCCAACCCAGACCUGAAGGACCAGACGGUGGAGCAGUUCAAGGAACUCCAGAGGCUUCUCCAGAGUCAGCAUGGCCUGGGAUCCUGAGUCAGGGGCCUCUUGCUGGGUCUUAAACAGGGCCUGUCCUGGAUCAAGGCCUCGACAACCUUAUUCAACUGCCUUUAAUGUUUUGUGUGUUGGGAUAUUAGCCUUCUUUCAACCCUGAGCCUCCCUCAAUGGAAUCUUCAUCCAGCCUAGAGCCCUGUAUCUUGGGCAGAACUACUUCUACAUCAAAAUCCAGACUGCUGUAUCCUCAAUGUCUUAAAUUAUUUUUUAGAAUUUCAAUAAAUACCAUUGCAGUAUUAUUUUUUUAAUAGUUGUAGCAGAUAUUACUCCAAGUGUCACUAAUUUCUAUCCAUUUUCCUUUUGCAACACUAACUGGCUCUCUCAAGAAUGGACAUGGAUGCUAUGGAGCCAGAAAUGUGACACACGCAAGCCAAUGUUAUUUUAAAUGAAUAUGGUAAUUUAUUCCUUGACCAAAACAACUGUCAGAGGGUGUUUAAGUCAAGGCUUUGGGUGAAAGUAUCCACUUGUACUGUCUCAUCACCCUCAGAUUCCAUAGGCAAUCUGGUCAUACAUGGACGUGAGGGUGAACCGGUCAGCAAAUUACUCACCACCCUUCUAUGGAGUUCUACACGCAUUCACUGGAAAUUUGAUUAGUGUGAAUGGGAUCGAGGAAAAGUAGGGGCUUGUGUGGAAGUGUCUCCGGAUAUAUUUCCGAGUUGCAGCUACUUAAAUGUCCAGACGAAUGCAUGUCGGCAUCUAAGUAGAAAACACCUAUAGCACUCCAAAUGCGUGUAUGUGUUGUCUGACAGACUAGUGGCUCUGCAACAAAGAACACCUUGACCAACUGGUUACUUUUAGGGGUUGAGGGAUCUGAUAUGAACAAACAUGAUACAGACAAGGGCACGUUUGUUCCUCACGGUCGUUUUUAUUGUUGUUCACAACAUGGCUACAACGCCGACGGUGUCUACCUCCAAGAAUGGACGAUGCCAGAGGUGGAAGAACAAAAAAAAAAUAUGUACUAUUUGCCAGAGUCCCACUCGACCUGUCACAACUCUCCUUCCCUGGUAAUAGAGAACAGUAAAACUCCAGCCAACAUGUUUAAAAAGGUGACGCCAAAUCUCCCAGCAUUCCCUUCAACCAUUUCCUAAAUGCCUCCACAAAGCAGUGGUGACCAUUUUGUGAAGGGCCUCGUGGGUUUGCUAUUUAUUUUUCUAUAUGGCACCGACAGCAAGACCAUGUUAAAGUUCUAAAGACACAUCCAUGAAAAUAAAUCAUUUCUCAAUUUAAAAACAUACAAGUCUUUUUUUUGAUGCAUUAUGAUUAGCAACCAGGCACAUCCUUUGUUUUUUUCCCCCUUCCCUUGUUCUUUUUGAAGAUGGAUCCUGUAGAAAUCCAACUGACGCAGAACUAAUCCCAUUUCUUUGAGUCUGUGAAUUCUCCCUCCUCGGACAUGCCGCCCUGCCCCGCCCCCUUUCAACCCUCCUGUUACUGUGGCGACAGUGAGGCAGGGGAGCGGAAGGGGGGGGGGCGUCUCUUCUCACACAGCCAAAGUCGAAGGCGCAUUUAGUUUACGGGUUCACCCUGUCACUCCAAUCCUUGCGAUGCGUCUUGAUUGGCUUUCCACAGUGCCAAAUCCCGCCCAUCUGUCCAGUAGGAGAUCCCUUUAGAUUCUCGUCUGCUGCGGUCUUCAGCCUUUUUGCCGUCACCUCUGAAUGUUCGCCAAAAUAUUUAACCUGAGGAAGAAAAACAAUGAAAUUACAGUAAGAAAUCAAUGGAGAUGUUACUGACACUUGCCAACCUAAAUUCGAUCAGAUAUUUUUUUGGAACCAUCUAAAAGACAUGAGGUGAGAUGAGUCUGCAGAUCCCAGUGGGGGGGGGCUGUUUGGGUUUCUGUGUUGAUGCCUAACCUGGUGUUCUGGCAGAGCUCUUUGGGCGUGGCUAUCGGAACAAUCUGGUGAACUCCCGGAUAGCCCAGCACACCUGCUUACACUCCUCCGCACUGGAGAGAUGGAGAAAGAGGGGGUGGCAGGAAGAGGGGGAGAGCGAGAAAAGGGCAACGUUAUUAAUGUGGUGCA